UUGGUCCCCAUCUUACAUUUGCUGCCUAUCUUUUAUACUUCUAAGAUGAGAAUAUCCAAAGCAUUUUUUGUUUUUCUUGGUAUCUUCUUCUGUUUCUUUGUCUGCUUAUCUCUUGCACUAGACACUCUUAGGCCUGGGGAGAACUUGUAUGGCACUGAAACCUUAGUUUCUGCUAGUGGGGUGUUUGAGUUAGGUUUCUUUGGCUCUAGUGAGUCCAGCAAUGAAUAUCUUGGAAUUUGGUUCACGAAUGACAAGAACAAGAAAGCUAUUUGGGUUUCAAAUACAGAUGCUCCCCUCAUGGGUUCCCCGGGGGUUCUCAGCAUAAGGUAUGAUGGCAACUUAGUGAUCAGUGGUAGAGGGCCAAUUCCCAGAAUUGUGAAUUAUGGACAACUUGCAACAAGUAGCAAAACAAGUGCAAAGAUUCUUGAUUCUGGAAAUCUGAUUCUUAUGGAAGGAGAAAAGAUUAUAUGGCAGAGUUUUCAUUAUCCAACUGACACAUUUCUACCAGGAAUGAAAUUGGGGUGGUUUGACAUAGGCACAGAUCAUGUUAUGAAAACAUUUCUAGUUUCAUGGUUAAGCCCAUCUGUCCCAGGUAAUGGUCCUUUUUCUCUAGGCCUGGAUUCAAUUACAUUGUCCACAUUCAAUGUAUGGCGCAGAGAUGAUUCUUAUCAGCAGAUUGGUUUCUGGGAUGGUCAUACAUUCAGAUUCUUUUUCCAGAAUCCAUUGGAUGGUUACAAUUUCAGCUUUUUCUCAAAUAGCAAGGAGGUUUAUCUUACUUUCAAUAAUAAGGGAAGUUACUUUUCAUGGUUUGUUUUAGCUUCAAAUGGGUAUAUUAAUGAGUUCAAGAUGGAUGGGCAGGACAUUUCAGUUGUGAAUCAUUCACUAUGUGAUGACACACAGGUGAGCAAAUCAACUGACUGUUUGGUAAUGAAGCCAUCAAAGUGUGAGGAGGGAGGUAAUUUCUCAGAGAUAAGAGGGUUGAUGCCAAAUUCAAUGGUGAUAAAUUGGUCCAUUCAUACGGGUCUGAGUGAUUGUGAGCUAAUUUGCAGCAGCAAUUGUUCAUGUACUGCUUAUGCUUCUCUCCAUGAUGAUGGAACCGGUUGUGAACUUUAUUACGGAGAUAAAAGUGAUCUUCUAAACAUGAUAGAGAGAGGAAACAACACUGUUUAUGUGCGAGAUGAUGCUCCUGAAUCUGAUCUUCAAAGGAAGAGGAAGCUGGUGUUGGUCAUAGCUCCAGUUGUCUCCUUGAUAUUGAUCAUUUUGAUGCUAUUUCUGUGUUAUUUACGAUGGAGAAAGUGUGACUAUUUAGGCGCAAAUGGGAGACAAUGCCGCAUAAGAGACAGUGUGGAGUUGCUACUAUUGCAGUUAACUAAUAAUGAAAAUGCUACAAAUUAUAUUGAACUCGGCAGGAAGAAGGAUCAUGAAUUGCCUCUCCUCAGCUUUUCUUGUAUAGCAGCUGCCACUGACAAUUUCUCAGCUGCCAAUAAGCUAGGAGAAGGUGGUUUUGGGCCUGUUUAUAAGGGUGAGUUACGAGGACAUGAAAUUGCAGUCAAAAGACUAUCUAAAAGUUCUGGACAAGGAUUAGAGGAAUUCAAAAAUGAGGUGAAAUUGAUUUCUAAGCUCCAACACAGGAAUCUUGUUAAGGUUUUGGGUUGUUGCCUUGAACGAGAAGAAAAGAUAUUAAUAUAUGAAUACAUGGCCAACAAAAGCUUGGAUUAUUUCAUUUUUGAUCCAACAAGACAAAUGUCACUAGAUUGGAAAAAGCGUGUUGACAUCAUUGAAGGGAUCGCUCAAGGGCUUCUCUACCUUCAUAGGUACUCAAGCUUAAGAAUCAUUCACCGAGAUCUGAAAACUAGCAAUAUAUUGUUGGAUGCUUAUAUGAAUCCCAAAAUAUCAGAUUUUGGCAUGGCAAGAAUUUUUUUUGAGAAUGAUGAUCGAGCAAAAACAAAAAGGGUUGUUGGAACAUAUGGUUAUAUGUCUCCUGAGUAUGCAGUGCAUGGCUUUUUCUCUACAAAAUCUGAUGUAUUCAGCUUUGGAGUCAUUCUGUUAGAGAUUGUGAGUGGCAGGAAAAGCACAACUUUCUGUCAAUCAGAUAGCUCUUUGAACUUGCUAGGAUAUGCUUGGGAUCUAUGGAAAGAUGGGCGAUGCGUAGAGUUGAUGGAUCCAACAUUGACUGAUUCAUGUCCAUUGAAUGAGCUUAUGCUAUGCAUUCAGGUGGGCCUCUUAUGUGUUCAGGAAAAGGCAGAAGAUAGGCCAACCAUGUCAGAUAUUGUUUUGAUGCUCAGCAGUGGAGUGACUUUGCCUACUCCAAAACAACCUGCCUUCUCUACCCUUCUAAAUGUUGAUUUACCAACAGGAAUGCAAAAAGCUUCUCAAAAUUUUGUAACAUUUUCAUCAAUGGAGGCUAGAUACAGACAGACAGAGAGCUCUGCGUUUCUCAGCCUUGAACCCUUCCUUCAAAGUUCAAUGGCCAAAAGUGCAACUUCUUUGUUAAUCAUAUCAGUUUUCCACUGUUGCUUUCUGUUAUCUCUAUCUCAAGCAAAAGACGCCCUUAAACCAGGAGAGGACCUCAGAGAGGCUAAGACCUUAGUUUCUUCAAAUGGGGUCUUUGAAUUAGGCUUCUUCAGCAUCAGCAGCUCCUCCUCAAGCAACCACUACUUGGGAAUUUGGUUCAAGAACGACCCAAACAAGAAGCCAGUCUGGGUUGCAAACCGUGAAAAUCCCAUUUUAGACUCUUCUGGAGUCCUCUCUAUAAGAUAUGAUGGAAAUUUAGUGAUUGUUGACAGAAGGCAGAUUCCCAUAAUUGUCAACUCUGGAAUGCUUGCCACAACUACAAACACAAGCUCCACACUUCUUGAUUCUGGUAACCUUCGUCUUGAAGAUGGAGAUAACAUUGUUUGGCAGAGUUUUGAUUAUCCAUCUGACACAUUGUUGCCCGGAAUGAGACUUGGAUGGUUCAACUUAGGCACACAACAUUUGAGAGAACAGUUUCUUGUCUCAUGGCAAAGUCUGUCGGUUCCUGCCACAGGCUCUUUUGCUCUUGGUCUUGAUUCAAAUAAUAGAACACAACUAAAGGUUUGGCAUAGGAAUGGGGUUUCACGGCAAAUUGCGUUUUGGGAUGGCCAGAGGUUGAAAUUUAUGAUUGAGAGUUCGUCAGAGGACUACAAUUUUAGCUUUGUGUCAAAACCAGAUGAGGUUUACAUUACUUUUAAUACUAGAGAGAAUUAUACUUCUUCAUGGUUUGUGAUGUCCUCAACUGGGCAAAUUCAGGAGUACAAAAUGUUGGGACAAAAGAUUUCAAUGGUGAAUCGUUCAAUUUGUGAAAAUACUACAGUAAGCGAUGCCACUGAUUGUUACAUAGUGAGGCCGUCCUUGUGCCAAGAUGGAGAUAAAUUCUCUGAAAUCAAAGGGUCCAUGCCAAAUUCAAUAGUUAUAAGUGAUUCAGCUCAUUUGGGUCCUAGUGACUGUGAGAUAUUGUGCAGGGGAAAUUGUUCUUGUACUGCGUUUGCUUCUUUUCGUGGUGAUGGUACAGGAUGUGAAUUUUAUUAUGGGGAUAAAAGAGCUCUUUUGGGAAUCAUUGGUGUAGGGAAGUCCAUAAUAUAUGUUCGUGGGGAUAUUUUACCAAAACCUGGUGAACAGAACAGCAGGAGGCUGAGGUUGCUAGUCAUAAUUCCAGUUGUUUCUUUACUAGUACCUAUUAUAGUUGCCUUAAUUUGUUACAUACAAUGGAGAAAGCAAGACAGCAUGAGAAGAAGUCUGGAACGGUUCCUUUUUCAAAUUGGCUCUAAUGUAGCAGAAUUUGACGAAGAUAAACCUGAAGACAGAUAUAAUCGAAAGAAGGAUCAUGAACUGCCACUACUCAGUUUUUCUUGCAUGGCAACAGCUACAAAUAACUUCUCUGACGAAAACAAGCUUGGUGAGGGUGGUUUUGGGCCUGUUUACAAGGGUGUGUUGCUAGGGCAUGAAAUUGCUGUGAAAAGACUUUCUAAAAAGUCAGGACAAGGAUUGGAGGAGUUCAAAAAUGAGGUUCAGUUGAUCUCAAAGCUCCAACACAGGAAUCUUGUUAGACUUUUGGGUUGUUGCAUUGAAAAAGAAGAAAAAAUUUUGAUCUAUGAGUACAUGGCCAACAACAGCUUGGAUUCCUUCCUUUUUGAUCCUACAAAGAAAAUGCUUUUGGAUUGGAAGAAUCGUGUUUUUAUCAUUGAAGGGAUAGCUCAAGGGCUUCUUUAUCUUCACAAGUACUCGAGAUUUAGGAUCAUUCAUCGUGAUUUAAAGACCAGCAAUAUAUUGUUGGAUGCUCAUAUGAAUCCCAAAAUAUCAGACUUUGGCAUGGCAAGGAUUUUUGGAGAGGAUGAAGUUCGGGCAAAAACAAAUAGGGUUGUCGGGACAUAUGGUUAUAUGUCUCCUGAGUAUGUUGUGCAUGGUCAUUUCUCUACAAAAUCUGAUGUGUUUAGCUUUGGAGUCAUUAUAUUGGAGAUCAUUAGUGGCAGGAAAAAUGUAACCUUUUGCCAUUCAGAUAGGUCUUUGAACCUACUAGGAUAUGCUUGGGAUUUGUGGAAAGAAGGAAAAGGCUCGGAGUUGAUGGAUCCAACAUUAUCUAACUCAUGUUCGAUAAGCCAAUUUAUGCUAUGCAUUCAGAUUGGUCUCUUGUGUGUGCAAGCGCAUCCAGGAGAUAGACCUACAAUGUCAGAUAUGAUUUCUAUGCUAAGCAAUAAUAUUACAAAUUUGCCUGCUCCCAAAGAACCAGCAUUUUCCACUCAUACAAGUUACUCAAAUUUACCUAGUCCACAAUAUACUUUGAAUGAUGCUACAUUUUCAGGCAUAGAAGCUCGAUGAUGGUUAACAAGUAAUAACUUUCCUGAAUUGUUAAUUCUUUGAG